AUGUCCAAUCUUAUCCAAAUUGUGGCCACGGUCUGCCUCGUCUGGUCCGUGGUCAUCGUCUUUGUCCAAACCGUCGGCAUCAGCGCCAUAUUCAGUCGCUUCUCCCGCCGAGCUCGCCCGUCCGUAUCUUCCGGCCUUGGCGCCGAUGCGCCGAGCGUCACCAUUAUCCGGCCGGUCAAGGGCCUCGAGCCCUGUCUAUACGAAUGCAUCGCUUCCACCUUUCGCCAGAACUACCCCCGAGAUAAAAUCUCGAUUCGGCUCUGCGUCGAGGACACCAGCGAUCCAUCAUACCCGGUCCUCCAGCAGCUCAUCCGCGACUUUCCCUCCCACGAUGCCCAAAUCCUAGUCGAGAACGAGGACCCGGCCCUGCACGGCCCCGAUGGCCGGGUCAACACGCUGGGACCGAACCCCAAAAUACGAAACAUCAGCAGGGCCUAUCGUGAGGCCCCGGGAGACGUCAUAUGGAUCAUCGACUGCAACGUCUGGGUCGCAAAGGGCGUCUUGGGGCGCAUGGUGGACAAGCUCAUGGGCUAUUCUCACGCCGGUGAAUCGGCUCAGCCUUACAAAUUCGUCCAUCAGCUGCCCAUUGUCGUCGACGUCGUCGAUUACCACCAAGACGCCUCUGCCGAAAGCCAAAACUUCCUCGGAGCUGCCGCCGGCACAUCCACUCCCGCCAACGAAACACUAUCGCAGCGAAUAUCCAACAACGGCGGCGGCCGCCUCGACGAAAUGUUCAUGGCCACCACGCACGUCAAGUUCUACGGCGCCAUCAACAUCGUCGGCGUCGCCCCGUGUAUCGUCGGCAAGAGCAACAUGUUCCGCAAGGCUCACCUGGACCAAGUCACCGAUCCCGCCCGCAACCCGAUUCUCCCAAAGGAUUUCGAGCGCCCACGCGGCGUCGACUACUUCUCCCACAACAUCUGCGAGGACCACCUGAUCGGCGACCUUCUCUGGCGCUCCAACAUCCCGGGCUAUGCAAACCACGGCAUCGCCUGGAGUGACCUGGCUGUGCAGCCAAUGGCCGGCAUGUCCGUGUCUGCAUACGCCGCCAGGCGAGUCCGCUGGCUGAGGGCUCGAAAAUUCACCGUGCUGGCCGCCACCUUGGUCGAGCCCGGCGUCGAGUCACUCCUAUGCUGCGCUUAUUUUGCUUUUGCCGUUACCACCUUGGCCUGGUUCAAAGACACUAUUCCACAGACGUGGUCAGCCAUGGCCUCGAUUUGGCUCAUCUCCAUCGCCGCCUGGAUGACCGUGGACUGGUUCACCUUCAGACUCUUACACACGGGCCGCACCAUUGAAACCGACGAAAACACCCCCCAGUUCGCGUUUGGCUCAUCCAGCCCGCGAGGCCUUCCGAGACGCCGUUUCCUAGAAUGGCUCCCCGCAUGGAUUGCAAGAGAAUUCAUGGCUCUACCAAUCUGGACCUUGGCAGUGCUUCUCGGCACGACUGUCAACUGGCGAGGAAAGGUGUUUCACGUCCGGCUGGACACGAGUGUCGAAGAAUUGCCCAGCGGAACGCCUAGAAGAACAACGCAAACGCCAGAGCUGGAGAAGGCUAGACAACGAAGUAAAGAUAGACUGGAUUGA